AUGGAUUUACUUGACCUAGAUGAAGAAGUUAUAGACUGCCGGUUAACCACAAUAAUGGAACGAUCUAAUUUUACGGACAAACAUCUAAAAAAUGCCAUACACCUAUUGCAGUAUAAGCAUCUUAUAAAUUUGCAAGAAGAUUCAGAGUGUGAUAAUGAUAAAGAAUACCUUUUUGUAAGUAAAUUAGUUAUUAAUCUUCACGAAGAUAACGUGGAUAAUAUAUGUAAAAUUGUCAAAAUUGUGCUGUCGCUUAACCCAAGAAGUUUGGUACCAAAAUCAGAGCACUUAGUGCAGCAACUAUUAUGCAACUUGGAACUGCCAAUGGACCUUCAUAUAAGUUUAACGAACACUCAAGAGAAUCAAUUUUCGAAAGCAUUGCUGCAUUUAAAGAUUUGCGGUAGUAUUUUAGAAGCAGUUGUAAAUAAUGGUCAGAUUCUUUCAAUGCCGUUUUUAGACAUUCCGUUAGAAAAUAUACUAUUAAGUACGCAAGAAAAUUUUAAAAGCUAUUUUUUAACUUGUAUAGUUCCUUUAUUUUUUAAGGGAGUUUACGGUUAUAGUAUUUUGGAUAGCAUUUGGAAGUGCAUCAUGCAACUUAAAGACAAAAGUGAAGUAUGUCUUAAAACAUUGAGUAGCCUCUCAGAUUACUACCUGCCCAUUACAGAUGAUAAAAACAUUGUUUUAGAGUCAAAUGUGGUAUUUCAAAGUAAAUUUUGGGAAAUAAUUCUGGAGGGCAUGUCAGAGGCAAAAAAUAGAAGGAUAUCUAUUUAUUUAGCUAAAAGGGCUUUAGAUUAUUUAAUAUCAUGCAAAAGGGGUGUCUACAUUGAAUCACAAAAUGACAUAAUAUUUAAAUGGGAACACAAAAAUGAGAAACAGUUAAAGAAAAUGUGGGAUAAUUACUUUAUAGUGUUAGACAGUUUAGAAGAAAAACAAAGCAAUAUUAUUCUUCCAUCCUUGCGGCUCCUAGAUACUUUGAAAGACAUGGAAAGAUCCUGGUUAAAUUGUGUAUUUUACAUUGGUUUGAAACAUGAUAACACUCAAGUGCGCUUCAAAUGUAUUGAAUAUAGGCUAAAGAUUAAAAUCAAUGCCGAGACCGAAGCAUUGCUGCUCCUAGAAGCUUUAAAUGAUACAUACUUAUUUGACCAAUGUACAGAGUACAAUGUGCUUAAAAGCAAAUUAUGUGUCACAUUUUCCGAUCUGAAAGCACUAAUGUGUAUUCUAAAAACAAUGCCUCAGAUUAAAUGGUCCCCUGUUCCAUUCUUUCAUAUAAGUGAAGUAUUGGCAAGUGUCCGUAAAGAUUUAUUGAGCAGUUAUGAUCAAGCAAAUGUUUCUGAAAUCAUCCUAAGCAUUUUAAAAAUACCAUGCAACAAUAUACUCAUACGUAAAGCAAUAUAUGUGAAUGUCUCACAUUUAGUCGGCAAUUGUUGUCGAGGGUUCAAUUGGAAAGAGUACUUAAACUUGUUUUCUUAUUUCCAAUUUGAUUCUUAUCUGGAAGAAAGCAGAAACAGCAACCCACUAAUUAUGUAUUUAAAAGAAAAUAAUUUGAUACAGGGUGAUGAUAUUCAAUUAUUGUUCAUGUUAAUGAGCACUAUGGAAAAAAGCAUUGACUUUGGUCUUUUCUAUAUUGAAACACACCCUAUUGAAGUUACUGAGCUAUUAACUCUUAUAAAUAAAAUGAUUAUGAAUAUACAAGAUGUCAAUCAGAGACAAUUUGCUGAUAAAAUUCAAUGUUUAAAUAAUGUUAUAUCAUUAACAAACAUUUUCAGUAGAACGUCAAAAAAUAAUAAUCCAGCUGUGGAAAAUAUAAAUAUGGUUACUGCAACAGCUUAUAAGACUCUAUUAGAGUAUUUGAUAUGUCUAUUACGAAGUGAUCAAUGUCUAAGUAUGGAAGAGAUAAAUGCACUCUUUCCAGGAUUAAAAGCUAUGGUUACUACAUUAAGUGACUGCAACGCAAUAGAGACUGUGUUACAAGUAUAUAAAUCAUGUAUAUUUAUGCUUGAAGAUAUAUAUGUUGCUUUAGAAACAAAAAUAUUGGCUGUGCAUACUGUUACUGCAUUGUUAACUAGUCCAUUGAUGAUUAACUACCAUAAACAUGAAAUACUAAAUUUGAAUAAGUUUUUGAGCCUUUCAAAACUGCUAGGUUUGCAAAAGUCAAGCUCUCAUGAAACAACUGGUAGGCUAAAAAAUAUUUUAUAUGAAAAAUACUGUGAAAUUUUGUAUUAUUUGAUAAAAAUAAAUAAAACAGCAAUUUACGCAGUUGCUAAGGAAUUUCUAAACUUUAUUAACAAUGCAAUAGAAUGUGGUGGAUAUGGUUGCUUGAUAUGGAUACUGAAAAUAAUGAAACAAGUUCUUCCUACACUAUUAGAACGCAACACAGAAUUUGAAAUCUCAAUUUUUUUAAACAAGAUGUGGAAAGAGAUUGAAGAGCUAAAAUCUAACAAUCAAUAUUCAUUAUGUAUAGAAGAAUUUGUGAACAUAAUUACAGAUGAUUCUGUAUUGUGUAAACCUGUAUAUAACAAUGUAGUUCUAUCAUUUUAUAAUAAAAUAAUUGAGUAUGGUCCCUUUAAAAACACCCCAUUAUUCUUAUUAGUCAGGCAAAUAAAUGGCAAAGAUUUGUCAAAGUUCACUCAACUGGUGUAUGUUCUAUGUGACAUCUUGCUUUUCUCUCCUCUUCCAAGGAAAGAUCAGAGAAUUACAGAAAAUCUCUCAAUAGAAAUAAUAAAUCAACAAAAGUAUGGCAUAGAUAAUGUGAACCUUGAUGUCCAUUUCAAUUUCCAUAUACAAUAUUUGUCAUAUUGUGUUUUAAGUAAGAUUGAUAAUCCAGAAGUUAUGAAUACAAUAAUAUCUUUCAUUACAAAUAAGGUCAAUGAGAUAUUUGCGAAUAAAAAACGAUACCAUGGAAAUUCCCAAUCCCAUAGAACAUUAUUAACAGCAAUGCAAAAUUUGCUUCUAAUAUUACUGAAGUCUAGAGAUGUCAAUAUGGAUAGAACUGCGAAUUGGUGUUUGGAUUUGCUGGGCUCCAAUCCUCAUCAACCAAGUGUCAGAGUUUGUCUAGAGUGGUACAUAGCCCUUUAUUUUUGUUUUAAGGAAGUGAAAAUAACGGAAGAAAUGGUCCAGCAAAUUAAGUCGAAAAAUGUUCCACUAACAUCGCAGUUUCUAAUAUUGUACUGGAUUAUGAAAUUUAAGAUCAAACAUGGACCUUUGAAGAACGAGGAAUAUGAAUUUGUUAUGGAUACUUUGCUUUUUUGUACGAUGGGUCAAAUAUUUAGCUUAAGAUUACACGCGCAAUACCUGGCUACAAAACUCUAUGAAUUAAAUGAAUCUAAAUCAAAGAAAUACGAUUUUAUGAUUGAAGUAAUACGAAAAACUUUUAGCGAAGGAACCGGUGACAAAGGGUUUAUGAAAUUGCAAAAUGACUAUUUCGCGAACGAUUUCGAUUUAGUCAUUGAUUUCAUACCGAGUUUCAUAUAUUAUUUCCUACCAAGAUAUUGCGAUAUGUAUAUAAAUGAGAAACUAGAUAAGGCUUUCAUAAAAAAUAUUCUUCAAGAUAUAGAUGACAACUCAUUUGCGAAAGUUUCCACUAGCGUUUUUAAGACCGAAUGGACUAAAUAUCAAAAGAUUCACGACAACAUUCAUGAUGUAUUUAUAACGGAUGUUAAAGAAGUUAUUGACGAGGAGAAAUUGAGGGGAACAUUGCAAAAGAAAUAUGUUCCCUGGAAGAAUAUGACUGAUAUAAAUAUAUAUGAGGUUAAAGAUAAGAAAAUUAAUAGGGGUGAGCUUAUAGUUGUGGCGUCCUUGAUCGACAAGCUGCCAAAUCUGGGGGGCUUGGCCAGAACUAGCGAGGUUUUCGGCGUUAGGACUUACGUUGUUGACAGUCUGCGGCACUUACAAGACAAGCAAUUCCAGGGUUUAAGUGUGUCAGCAGAACGUUGGAUAGAUGUGGAGGAGGUGCGCCCAAACAAACUUAAGGAAUACCUUAUGGAGAAGAAAAGUGAAGGCUAUUCAGUCGUGGCCGCGGAACAGACCUCUACCAGUUGUCAGCUUCAAACGUUUAAGUUCCCGAAGAAAACGCUGCUGUUACUCGGGCAUGAGAAGGAAGGUGUUCCAUGUGAUCUUCUACCUCUAAUGGAUUAUUGCGUUGAGAUUCCUCAACAGGGCGUUGUUAGGUCUUUAAACGUUCACGUCACCGCCGCCAUCUUUGUAUGGGAGUACACGAGACAGAUAAUUUUGUAA